AUGGCCAUGGCCAGACCGAAGCAAAUGCCGCCGGCGCCGUCUGGGCGCCAGACUUUCCCGAUGAAAGUUCUGCUGGGCCGCCUCGAGCAAGGUGCUGCAGCGCCGUGGUCCAGCUUUUUACCCGACCACCUCCGGCCUAAAGGCGUGACUGCGAAGGUCUUCGAACAAACCGCGUCCAAGGAUGUCAGAGCCAAAUCAAGCCAGGAGUCCAAAGCACAAAAGUCUGAGUAUGCUCCUUUAGGAAUACAGGUGAUAGGCAAGGUGUGGGAGUAUUCCCAAGAUCCCAUUGGCUGCCGAGAAGUACAACAUGCCAUCGAAACUGCAGAUGCGAAUACCCUGGCGGGAAUCGCUGCUGAGUUGCAUGACCAUGUUUGGGAUGCCACCUGCUGCCCGCAUGCCAAUCAUGUGCUCCAAAGAUGCAUUGCAGCCUUGUUUCCGGAAGAUCUUCAGUUUAUCGUGGAUGUGCUCACGAAGGAAAGACUUGCAGUACAGGCAGCGCGGCACAAGUACGGCUGCCGGAUUGUCCAACGUCUCAUCGAGUAUUGCUCCAGCGUGCAGAUUGAAGGGCUUCUGCGCUCACUUCUAGCAGAGGUGCCGCUGGUCUCUUGCCACGCUUACGGAAACUAUGUUAUGCAACACGUCCUGCAGCACAGCCCAUUGCAGUCCGAGGUGUGCCAGGCCCUAGAGGAGCAUCUCAAUGCGCUGAGCUCAGAUCAGUAUGGCGCCGCAGUCGUAAGCUGUGCCAUGACAUCUGCUUCACGGCCAAGUCGUCUUUCCCUGGCUAGAGCCAUCCUCAAGGAGCCUUCAGUUUUGAUCCGCCUUGCAUGUAGCCGGCAUGGACAUCCUGCAGCCAGAGAGGUCGUGGAGGUUCUCGACAGCCCAGACAGGAUGGAAGCUCUACGCAUUCUCGGGACAAAUCAGACUCGGCUGCUGAGAUCUAGAUACGGGCGCAUUGUUGCAGGCAUGAGCUGA